ACGCAUCCAACGGUAAGGAAUGCCCAGGAAGGCGUACUUGCGUGUACCACAGCAACAACACCCGCCGGGAGGAGACAGGAGCAGGAGAGCACUCUAUUUGUAGCAGGAAUCGGAUAGCAGCAAGUACGGGUUUUCCCCGUCGUCCCACUGUCAAAUCAUCCAAUAUCUCAUUGCAGAAAGUCCACCACUCUCUCUCUCUCUCUCUCUCUCUGUGUGGUGUUUUCGCUUUCUUCCAAGACUUCCUCGUUUGCCAAUGGCCGCGAGAGGAAACCAAUACGGUUCGGAGGAUUGAUUUUUUUUUUUUUGGUUUGGGCACGACAUGGCUGAGAACGACGUCGUUCGGCAGACCUUCCGGGCGCUCGUGGAGGGCGCGGACCGAAAGUUCGCAAGGGUCCGGGACGUACCUGCGUACGGACGGGUGACGAGCCACCACUACUUCCACAAAGUGUUCAAGGCGUACACACGCCUCUGGAAGUACCAGCAAGAGCACCGGGGGGACCUUCUCAAGUCCGGCCUUAACCGCUGGGAAAUUGGCGAGAUCGCCAGCCGGAUCGGCCAGCUCUACUUUUCCCAGUACAUGCGGACCAGCGAGGCCAGGUUCUUGGUCGAGGCCUACAUCUUCUACGAAGCGAUUCUCAGUCGGAGGUAUUUCGAGGAAUCCAAAGGCUACAGCAAGGACGUCGGGGUGAGGUUCAAGGAACUGAGGUUCUACGCCAGGUUUUUACAAGUCUCCUUGAUUUUGAAAAGGACCGACAUGGUGAAGGCUCUCGUGGACCGGUUUAAGGCUGUUGUCGAGGAUAGCAAAGCUGCUUUUCGGGAAACUAACUUCAAAGAAUGGAAGCAAGUAGUGCAAGAAGUUGUCCACUUCGUGAAAGUUGAUUCGACAUUUAUGGAUGUUAGACCUUUGCGUUAUUGUGCUAUGUUUGAUUUGCAUCCUGCUUCUCUUCCAUAUGUGACUUGCUUCCAUGCAAAGAAGGUCCUAAAGUUUCAAGAUGCACUGCUGACAAGCUAUCACCAAAAUGAGGUCAAAUUUGCUGAACUUACUUUGGAUACUUUUAGAAUGCUACAAUGUUUGGAAUGGGAGCCAAGUGGAUCUCUCUAUCAAAAGCGGCCAGUUGAAUCAAAUGGGAAUGGCACCUCAAUUGAUCAUUCUGGAGCAUCUGGAUUGAUCAAUAUAAAUUUGAAUGCAGACAUGACUGAUCCAAACUUAACUCCAAAUCCAAGGAAAGCUAUUCUCUACCGACCAUCUGUUGCACAUUUGAUAGCGGUUAUGGCUACAAUUUCUGAGGAGCUCCCUCCAGAUGGUGUUAUGCUACUAUAUCUAUCGGCCUCAGGGAAGGCUGGUCCUAGUAGUAAUAUUGCUCAGAUGGAAAGCUCCAGUGGAUCACGGAAAUCUUCAAAAAACAAAGUAACUUCUCAGUUCUCUCAAGAGCACAAUAGCUAUAUGUCUGAACCGAGUGUUAAUCACAAGGGAGAGUCAAGUGGCUAUUAUGAUAGUUGUCUAUGGUUUGGUUCAAGAGGACAUUGUGGUUCAAAUAAUCUCUACCCUGGUGAUAUCAUUCCUUUUACCCGUAGACCUCUUUUCUUGAUUAUUGAUAGUGAUAAUAGCCAUGCAUUCAAGGUUUUACAUGGUGCAGAAAGGGGAGAGCCAGCUGCUCUACUCCUUUCACCUUUGAGACCAGCAUUCAAGAACCCCUCGAAUGUUGAUUUAUCACAAAAUGGAAGUCAGUUUACCUUUUUCUUGACUGCUCCUCUACCAGCAUUUUGCCAAAUGGUUGGGCUCUCUUCUUCUGAUACUGAUGCAGAUGUUUACAAUGAUGCGGAUAACAUACUCUCCACUGCCUUCGCUGAGUGGGAAGUCAUACUUUGUAAAUCAGCUAGCAUGGAUAUUGUCUGGGCACAAGUUUUAAAUGAUCCAUUUAUUAGACGGCUUAUUCUAAGAGUCAGACAUUCUAGGUUGGAUUCCCUGUUAGGAGUUCCCUUGGAUUAUUUAGUACAUGGUUCUGGUGGGUGGAGUUGUGUAUCGGGGUUUACCGUCCAUGGGCGAGGGACCUUGCUGGAUUCAUAUUCUGCCAAUCUGUGCUUUUAUUAUUCUGCCCUUCAGAAGAUAGUGAUCAAUAUCUACCUGCUUGCCUACCCCAUCUGCCCAGUUCUGUCUCUCCAAAUUCUGAAGUCGUGCGGUCUUCUGUCAUCCGGCUUGCAAAGCACUUCAGGGUUGCUGACUAUUUUCACUUUGAUGACAUGUGAUGACCACACAUCAAAGUAAGCUUGUAAAGUUAUAUUGCAGCCUUCAGGCGUUGAUAGCUUCUGCAGUUUAAUUGGGUUAGUUACCAUUUGAAUACAUAUACGAGAGGGGAGAUUUUAGGAGGAAUAUAAUUAGUUAAGGGGAGCUUUAGCUGGCGGUUUAGAGGUAUUUCCAUAUUUGCAUAUCAAGAUUUGUUUUUUAGUUUUCUUCACACAUGAUUUAAACCCCAAAAUAAUUUUUCAUUUGUUCAAAAAAAAAAAAAAUGUUACGCAAGCAUACUCUAUAUGUCCGAGUGAGGCUUCUUCUGCAUGUUUUAUCGUGCCUAUGUGCAACCCCCCGCUGUUUCAACAGUGCUGAAUUUGUAUGGUGAUUUGGGGGGAUGAUUUGUAGGUUUUGUCUGAGCAUUGCUAGAGGCUUUCGAUUUAGUUCUAAUUGUUCAUGCCGCAGGUGUUGGAUUAUUCUUCAUUCUCUUUCAGCGUAGGUUUUGCAAAUGUUCUAGGACACAUAGUAAUGUAUCUUGUUGGGCAUUGCUGUCAAUCGGAUAUGUGAUGGAAUCUACCAAUGAUUAUAAAUUAUCCCUUCCUGGGUGGAUAUUCCAAA